CUUUUCCUUAGGCACUAGUCUUCAAAGGUUUCCUUUUGUCACAAUUUCAUCUCUCUGUUUACCAGCAGAUCUUUGAAUUUUAAUUAAUCCUAGUAUAGUUUGUUUCGCAUGCCUCUUAAACAUAAGAGAAAUAUAGUAAUUUUCUCAAAUCCUUUACUUUGGAGAUAUUUGAGACCUCUCACAUCCCGUAGAAAGCAGCUCCACGGGUGCGCGCGCAGGGCUGACCGCGUCUCCGAGCUGACGCUAUUAACAACAAGCGGAGGAUCCGUGAUUAUAUCGGCUACUGGUUAAAUAACCCGCUUAACGGAAAAUACAAAACACAUAAAAUCACAUCAUCACGCGGCUUAAGGGAUGGAGUUCCCUGUAGAUAUGUUGGUGUCUGGCAGACAUGAGGACUUGGAAAGUUCAGCCCAGAGCUACAUGAACAAACUGCUUUACAGCAACCCAGAUAACACACAGUACCUUACCCUGCCCAGCACGAGAAAGAUCCGAAUCAGUCCUGCCAAUGUCGGGUUUGUUCCUCUUUAUGGAGCCAAUCUCAAACACAAAGUCCUGGCUCUGUUUGCUCCUGAGGACCAGUUCACAGCUGUGGCAUUGUUCUUGGCUGAUCAGUGGUACGCAGUUGAAGAUAUCCUCAGAACGUCAAAUCCUGCAAGAGAAGGCCUUGUGAAGGUAAGGUCUGUGGGCGAAAGGAUUGUCUUGUAUGUGCUGAACCGCAUCAUUUACCGGACGGUGGAAAUGGGUUCUAACGAGGUGCCGUUUCUGUGCCACGGAGAAGACGUCUUUGCCAAAAUCCUCUGGAAGAAUGGAGAGGCGGUGGGCUUCUACUCAGUCAAAUCUAAAGGUAGUUUGUGUAAUAGCUUUGUGAGCCACUGCUACCUACUUCCUGUCAUGGACUCUAUAUUUGUGCGGAAGGAUCAUCGUGGUAACGGUCAUGGCUUGCAAAUGUUGGAGGACUUUGUGGACUCCUUUAAAGAUGACGAGCUGGGCUUAAAAUACCCUUUAACACCAGCAAUGCAAAAGGUAUGCAGACAGUACCUAAGCACAUACCCGGCCGAUGUGGACCUGCUGUGGGAGGUGGAAGGAGUUGGAGGUCCCUACCAGAAAGUGAAAGUAGCAAGCAAACUUGCCUCCAUGACAGUACAAUGCAACCACAGUGCUUGGACGGCAGAGGAAAGCAAAAAUGGAGAGGUUGCGGUUAAUGAGGUGGAGAUGACCGAAGAGAGCUGCCUGGACAUCACGGAAGACGUAGUGGUAGUCAACAAACAUCUUAAAGUAGCAGAAGAAAUGAGUGACUUGCCCAUUUCCACACGCACGCGGAGCAGCGAACGCAGACAAAAGAAAAGGCCGCGAGAAGAACCAGAAGAAAGUGCCGGGGAGAACCGACCUGAAAAAAUCAACAGAGUGGUCGAACCAGAAGCAGAGACAGAACCUGAUGCUGUUGUGCCAGAGACUAAAGAACACACGGAUGGAGAAAGUGGAGGAGAGCAAGGAGGAGCAGCAACCUUGGUCCAGGUGGAGGAGGCUGCAACCACUGAGGCUUCUGCAGAUACAGAAAUUCUGGUGGCAGAAAUCAAUGGAGAAAUGACUGACAGUCAGGAAGAGGAGAAUGAAGGGUCAGCAGUCACAACAGAGGAUGUACAGUCCACACAAGAGCUCCCUCUAGAGGCAGAACCUGUCAUCCAAAAUGGCACUGUUGAGGCCAUGGAACCAGAGGAAGAAGCACAGGAUGACAUUACUGACACCCCUGAAGAGUCUGGAGUAGUGGAGCAGAUCGAUCAAGAACUUGUUACUGAAGAGAAACUGGAUGCAGAGGCAGAAGUUGCUUCUCCAGUUGAGGAGGAAGAGGAAGUUCAGCAGGAACAGGAAGAGGAUGUAGCUUCUGCAGUUGAGGAUGUAGCCUCAGCAGUUGAGGAAAAAACCAUAAUCACUGAUCGUCCACCGGCUGUUCCUGAAGCGCCAGUCAUUCCAGCCAACCUGGUGGAGUGUGUUUCCUCUGUGCAGGACAGUGAUGCAGCAGAGGAACCAUCUGCUCCUGAGCUAGAACCUCCACAGGAGGAUACAUCUGCUUCUCCUAGUGCAGCAGGUGAAGAAGAAGUCAUUACAGAGACAGAGGAAUCAGCUGUGAACCAACAAAAUGAGACUACCUCCGAUAAGCCACUUGAGACAGAGGACAGCCAACCUACAACGGAGGACUCCGAAAAAGAGCCAGAGGAAGAGAAAUUACCUGAGAUGGAUGAAAAAGAUGAACAGAAAGAGGAAGACACUGCCACCACUGAAGAUGAUGAUGAUGAUGAUGAUGAUGAGUGGAAAAGCUCAGACGAAACGCACGAUUCUCCUCCUGGGGUGCGAGUUCUUCGAGGAGGCAGGGUUAAACCCGUUCCGCCAACACCCAAACGCACAUCCAGCAGACUGAGCAAACCUGUCGUCAUACCGGUGGUUGAUGAGGAGUUUGAGGAUGAAGAAGAAGAAGAGGAGGAGGAAAAGCUCACAAGCACUGAAGAGGAGAAGGGGAGCACGGAGGAAGAUGAAGUUGCCGAAAACAAUUCGGGGGAAGAGGAGGAGCCUCCGGUGGUUGACAGGAGAGUAUUGCGGAGGAAAACCAAAGUGAUCCAGUCCACGCCUACAAAAACAAAAAGACGCAGUAAAAACUGAUUACAUUAAUUCUCAAUGACACUCCAGUAUACUCCAUUGUCUACAUUCUAAAUAGUUAGUAAGCACUACUUAGUAUACACUUAUAUACCACGAUCUGUACUAGAAA